AUGAAGCCAGCGAUGAAACAGUUUAAGGAGGAGGUUGGAUCAUUAGACAGCGUUGUCUUUGUGUCUCAGUGCGUGUUCUGGGACAUUGAAUCAAUUGGGCCGGUUAAUCGUGUCUUAUUUGACUUCACAUGGCAACACUUCAUGCUUUGUCCCCCCUUCCGUGGACUUGAUUGCCCUUUAUGUAUUAUGGAGGAAUCAUGUUCAGCAUAUUGUAAAUGA